ACUCUCCUCCAUCUCUUCCCUUUUUCUUCUCUCGGAGCUGUACGCGCUUACGACACGGCAUCAUGGCCUUUAAGCAUCUGUUGAUAUUAUUUCUGGCAGUCGUCGUCCUCGGGAAACCGGAAGCCAAACCGGAGGCAGACCCGAAAGCAGACCCAAAACCUGCAUUGGUCGCCCAUCACGGAACCCACUACCAUUCGACGCCCAAACCCCACUACGGUUACACCCCGGCAUACAACCCCACCAUCUACGGCCCUACUUACCACUCCGUAACCCCGUCCUACCAUCACGUGACUCCCGUUUACCCAGCCGUAACGCCAGGAUACGCCGUAACUCCCGCUUACCCGGCCGUAACGCCUUAUCCGCCAGUCACUCCAGCAUACCCAGUUUAUCCGAGUCCCCAGCCCGCUGUAUACCAUACCCACGAAGUCGACUAUAAGUGCCAUGGAUACGAGAGUGUGCCCAAAUGCUCUUACAACACGACCAAACCCUGGUGCCUCUAUGACAAAGAGUACCCGGAGUACGACAUCAAGGAAGCCAUCCACUACCACAAGGCCGAGGUCCUCUCCCUCUACGCCGACGUAGCUGAUCUCUCCAGGUUCAACUCCGUCGACCUCCCGAGGUACCUCGACGAGACUUACUUGUGCCCUUCGGAGAUCGGCUACGUGAGACCACUUCGGGCUAUCAACACUGACGGUUACUGGAGGAUUAUCGUCAACAAUAUCAAGGUCGACUACGAGAUUUUCACCCAAACGACGCGAAUCGAAGAGUGCCUCAGCUACGGGCCAUGCCCUCUGGUGCCCCACUGCCACGAGUCCAAAUGCCUCCAGAAAUCCAUUUACCACCGUUUCCUGGUCUAUGAUCCUUGCGACAAGUACUUCCCCUUCGCCAUCGAGACCUUCAAGCUGCCCUCAACCUGCGCCUGCCUUCUUGGUGCAUUUUUCAUCGGGCGUAAAUGAAAAUGUAAAAUUUUUACAAUGGUUCUGACCUGAAUCAUUCUAUGGUUACGUAUAUUGGCCACGUCAACUUCGAGCAACUACUAGUCUCUUUUAGUUUAUUUAUUACGAAUUAUUUUCUUAAGAUUGUAAGUUAUUUUAAUUUGUGUGAGUAGGUCAUUAAUCAUCCAAAUAUCUCUUGUUUCCUCGUUAAUUUCUUAUUUUUUAUGCAUUCUUUUAUGAGGCAAAUACUCCUCUUUUAUUGUUCCUGAUUCAACGGUAUCAUUCACCGUUAUCUUGGUACAAAUCCAAUAAUAAAAUGGUGACAAAAGAGCGGUAACAUCGCUCCUAGGAGUCCAAUAUGAAUGUAGUUCGAAAAUAUUGUCUGUUCCUUUUACUGGAAACAUAUUUACGAAAAUUUUCAGUUACUAAUCAUCAUCUCAAAAUGUACUCGAAGUAUGAGUCGUCUCUGAAUGUUGUUUUCGUCCAUAAAAAAAUAAAUUGUUUGAAUUUCAUGUAAGCUACUUAUUAGUAAUUUUGACUAAAACUUCAGUCUAGUUGAGAAACGCAUUCGUUUAUCAAAGACAGAAUAACAGAAUCUGUAUUUUGUGUUUUCAAAUUUGGCAGUGAACAUGAACGAACUUUGCAUCCAAAGGAUUAUCAAUGCAUUUUUAGUUUUCCAAAGAGAUUAGGAUGCUGUGAAAUUAGAACCUUAAAAGUUCAAGAAAAAUUACAAUCCAUUAUUAUCCUAAAGCAAGUCACCUUGUACAUUAAGAAUUUGUUUUGAUCUACAUCUAUUUAUCUAUUCAUUUUUUAAUUGAUCAUUUUCGCUUCUCAAAUAACUGAUGUCUUCUUUCGGUAUUUCCUCUUGUCUUCUGUAGCUUCUUUAGAAGCUUCAAUUUGAAGUCAACGGCCCCCUUCCUGUGGCCUUGGUCUUUUGAACAACAACAACAACAACAACAAUAAUAAUAAUAAUAAUAAUAAUAAUAAUAAUAAUAAUAAUAAUAAUAAUAAUAAUAAUAAUAAUUCCAAUAGUGCAGUAAAUGAAUAUGUCAAGAUAUUUUCGAACUUCAGCCAAAAUGACUAACUAACUGGUGGUACAAAGAAAGCAGUUCUCUAUGCCAGUCAAGCUAUCCGCUAACUAUUUAAGCUUAGCAGAGGUUUAUUAUCAAGUAUGUGCAGCUCUGUCUCUACGUGUCUUUCAUAUAAAGCUUAUUUCUGUAAACAAAUUUGUAUAAUCAAUUGCAGUGAUAAAAAUGUCGA